CCAUUAUUGAGGUAUAGAUGGUGCAGGAGCAGCUUGCUGCAUCCAGAAGUUCAGUCCAGUGAGCUGCACUAGUCCUGAGAGCCACCAGCUCAGAGAAGUAGUCCAGCCACUCCACAAACAUCCAGUCUAACUCCUGCAGCUGCAGCACACACUACACUCAACCAGAUUUAUUCAAUCAGCACUUCGUAUUCUCUGUGCCUGUGUCGUUGUGAGAUCAGAUCGCAGUAACUUGUUGCACCUGAGACUUCGGCCGCAGCAGAGAUGAUGAGGAUGCAGCAGUCACUCGCGCAGCUUUCUGGUCCUUCUCCUCAUGGUCUUCAUCGCUGGGAUAGUUCUGUCUGGUCCCGUGAGUCCCCGCAGAAGCAGAGUGCGACGUCAGAACAUGAAGGUUCGCAUCAGCGCCACAGGAGACACCAUCAUGAUGAAGUUUCUGCGUCCCAGCGCUGACACUAAACUGGAGGGCUACAUCCUGGGCUACGGCAGCAGCAUGUUCUCCAAACAGUUCAUUCAGCUGCCUGAGAACGGGCAGCCGUACGAGACUGAGUUUGAUGCUGAGCCCAAGUAUCUCAUCGCUGUCCAGCCCAUCCCGACCAAUGAGGUGAAAAAGCAGUGUACAGGUAAAGUGGAACUGGAGAAGCCGCUGCACUUAGUCAUUGGGUCAGUGACGCCCACUUCAGUGCUCCUAUCCUGGGGAACGCUGCUGAAAACCCCUUAUGAAGGCAACAUCAUGAAUGACUGUCUAGAGGAUGGACACUACACAGUGCGUUAUCGUGAGAAGAACAGGAAGUGGAACUACCAGACCUGCCCAACUAGUGACACAGUCAUUGACAAUCUGAAGCCCAACACGGUCUAUGAGUUUGGUGUCCAGCCCAGCUCGAAGGAUGCCACUGGAGUGUGGAGCAAGCCGGUCAUUCACAACAUCAGCACAGGGGCUAUACAGGAGAAGCUCAUCAGGAAAAUCUUCAAACGGCCUGUCAACCCUGUGAAGCCAUUAACACCAGGUCCACACUCCUUCCCCUUUGCUCCUCGCCAUGUUCUUCAUAACAAGACCCAGGGAAGACUGCCCGUCUCCCGGAACAUAGCCUCAAAGACAACUCUUGCUCCAACCACAACUACUAGACAGGAAUCUCUGUCGACCCCUGGACCCACACUGCCUGUGGUCACCAAACAGCCAAUCGGUACUAGUGUCACCAGAUCAUCCAUUGCUGCGGUCCCUCGUUCUCCCAUUAGCUCAUCAGUUCCUCCAGCAGGAAGAAACACCACGCUGCCUCGCACCCGGGUUCCUUCUCAUUCCUCUCGUACUGUUGUCAGACCAAUCUCUCCAUCCAAGACAUUCACCUCUCCUCUCAGCUCAAGCACACCUGGGGCAGCUGAUGGGGCGCAUCAUAGGGGCAAUGCUCUUCCUAAACCUGUGGUGUGGCCCAAAGAAAAUCCUGUGCAUCCCCCUAUUCCUGUCAACAAGAGACCCAACCUGGUGGGCAAACCCAGUGACCAUGAUAAACCCAUGGACCUGAAACAAGGAGACAAGGAGUCCUUCUUGAAGCUAUUCCCUCUGGUCACAGCCAAGCCCAAGCCAGAGCGAAAACAGCAGACAACCACCUCUGCCCCAGCAGUAAACAGCAGCCGUUUUGACAUGAAUGAAAACUCCUCCAUAUUCAGGCCCCUGCCUGCAUCAGAGGUAGACAUCAUGGGCAAGAAGCGUUUUGUAGCACCCCAUGUGAUCUACAAGACGGAUAAGCCGCCACAUGAGCCAUGCUCUAUCACCUCCUCCCUCGCCUAUUUCCCUGAUGAGGAGGGCAGUGAUCAGAAUGUGACUGGUCCUCCCCGCAUACCACCCUCCAACCUCACUGUGGUUACUGUGGAGGGCUGCCCGUCUUUUGUCAUUCUUGACUGGCAGAAAUCCGACAAUGAGACCAGAGAGUAUGAAGUUGUAUCCACCACUAAAGGACCAAAUGGAGAGGAGGUGUCCAUACUGACGACCAACCAGACACACACAGCCGUGGAGAAUCUCCAACCGGAGAGCAGUUAUGAAUUCAAAGUAACACCAAAGAACGAGCUGGGAACAGGACCCUCCAGUGAUCCAGUGACUUUUAGCACAGAAUCAGCGGAUCCACGAGUGAGUGAACAUGUGUCAGGAAAAGAUGCCAUCUGGACUCAGUUCCCAUUUAAAUCUGACGCGUACUCUGAAUGCAGUGGAAAGCAGUAUGUGAAGAGAACCUGGUACCGAAAGUUUGUAGGGAUCCAGCUCUGCAACUCCCUUAGAUACAAGAUCUACCUGAGUGACUCACUCAAUGGGAAGUUCUACAACAUUGGAGAUCAGACGGGGCAUGGUGAGGACCAUUGUCAGUUUGUAGACUCCUUCCUGGAUGGACGGACCGGCACCCAGAUGUUUGCUGACCAGCUACCAAGCAGGCCAGGAUUCUACAGAGCAAUGAGACAGGAGCCUGUCAACUUUGGAGAGAUUGGAGGGAAGUCACACGUUACCUAUGUAGGCUGGUACGAGUGUGGCACACCCAUACCUGGGAAGUGGUAAGACCCAACAGAGCUGUCCAGGAGGAUGAUUUCCUUGGUGGUGAGGAAGAAGAAGAUGCCUGUCUAGGCCUGAAGGGAGAUGGGCCUUUAUUUCAUGUUACCAUGGACACUGUAGAUGGGUCUGUCUGUUUGAAAUCAGCCUACUCUCCCAGAUGUGAACCUCUAUAGGACUAUUAGGUGUCACAAAACUCUAUUGAGUGCAUUUGUAAAAUUGGUCUAAUAUCUCUAUUUAUCAAAAAAUGUCAUGACGGACAAAAGAAUGCAGGAGUUUGAGUGAACCAAAAUGUUGAAUAUACAGAAAUCACAGAGAAAAUGUUGGGAAGCUGGCUCCCAAAGUGUAAUAAUGUGUAUGAUAUUAUUUAUCGAGGGUUUGUUAUUGAAUAUUCUGUGUGCUCGGGCUUUUGAGAUAAGGAAGUAAAAAUUGUUCCCAGAAGUUGCAUGUCAGUGAGCACAUACAUUGGUCAUUUGCAUAUAGAAAGGUGCCAAUCAUACUUUCAUUGUACAGUUGGACCAUGUGAAAUACAAGUACACACAGACAUGCAGAAAUGACCUUCUGCUGGCCCUAAGGGAUUAUUAGCAGUUGCAGUUUGCACAGUAUUAAACUUUUAUUCAUAUAUGUAUAUGGUGUGAAAUACAGUAUGUAUACCAUGGGUCACGGAUGGUUUCAUUCCAUGUAAAAGAUUGAACCGUUUUAGCCAAAUUGUCAAGCUUUGUUCAGAAACCAAAGAGAAUCCAGAGUUUCAAUGAUACAAAUGAAUUAGCUAUUUUUAAUGUCUGUGCAGUCCUUUAUAUAAUGAAAGAAUAAUAUACAUAUAUAUAUAUAUAUAUGUAAAAAUAGAAAUAAAUAAACUGAGCUUCACUGUAGGAAAAAAACUUUCUACAAAGUGUACAUAAAGCAUUAAAUCAUUAGACAGAAAUUGCAGGGUUUUUCCACAUCUGUCAUGACUGCAGCUGUUUUUGAUGCACCAUGUAUGUUUCCAGCAAUAAAUCUUGUUUUUAUAUUUACUGAUA